GAGGCAGCUGCUCCAGAACCGAAAUCGAAAGCAAGCAGGUGGACUGGGAGCUCGCGCUUUACCUCUGCAGAUGCCCAGGUCCUCCCCCCACGUCUGACCUGGACUGGGGUUUUCAUCAGGCCAACAUGACGCUCAAGGAGAGAGUGUGUCUGCUGCCUUCCCCGGCGAGAACAGGAGAGCAGCCAUAACCAGCAGACCACAGCGUUCAGGCAUCCUGUGAGUGGGCAGUUUUCUCCAGAAAACAGUGACUUUAUUCUUCAAGAAGAGCCAAAUCCACAUAUGUCAAAGCAAGAGAGAAACCAAAGACCGUCCAGCAUGGUCAGCGAAACGUCCACGACUGGGACCACGUCCACCGUGGAGGCCAAACCCGGCCCCAAGAUCAUCAAGUCCAGCAAUAAAGUCCACAGUUUUGGGAAGAGGGACCAAGCCAUUCGGAGGAACCCCAAUGUUCCGGUGGUGGUGAGGGGCUGGCUGCACAAGCAGGACAGUUCUGGGAUGAGGCUGUGGAAAAGGAGGUGGUUUGUGCUUGCUGAUUAUUGCUUGUUUUACUAUAAAGACAGCCGAGAAGAAGUGGUCCUCGGGAGCAUUCCUCUGCCCAGCUACUUCACAUCGCCGGUGGGCCCUGAGGACCGCAUAAGUCGCAAGUAUUCCUUUAAGGCUGUGCACUUGGGGAUGCGAGCGCUCAUCUAUAACACCUCUGCCGGGGGCUCUCAGGCCGAGCAGUCGGGCAUGAGGACCUACUACUUCAGUGCCGACACCCUGGAGGACAUGAACGCCUGGAUCAGGGCCAUGAACCAGGCCGCGCAGGUGCUGUCGCGGUCGUCAUUGAAGAGGGACCUGGAGAAGCUGGAGCGGCAGGCAGUCCCCCAGGUCAACCACGCGGAGUCCUGUCGUGAGUGUGGCCGCGUGGGACCCGGACAUGCGAGGGAUUGUCCUCAUCGCCGCCAUGAGGACUCCUAUGGCUACGAGAGGCGGGAGCAAGAGGAAGAACGGUACCGUUCCCACCCAUCCGAGGGCAGGAGGGACAGGAGCAAGACCAGGUCUCCGUACUCGCCAGCUGAGGAGGAUGCCUUGUUUGUGGACUUACCCAGUGGCCUGAGAGGCCAGCAGGCACAGCCCCAGAGGGCAGAGAAGAAUGGCAUCGCAUACGGCCCAGCAGAGCAGAAUGGGACGGGCGGAUACCCGCGGGCCUUUCCUCCCAGGACCAACCAUGAAAAGCACAGCCAGAGGAAGAGCAGCCUGGCCCAGGUGGAGCACUGGGCAAAGUCCCAGAAGGGGGAUGGCAGGAGCUUCCCCCUGGACCAGACCCUUCCUCGCCAUGGUCCCAGCCAGUCGCUGUCCUUCCCAGAAAACUACCAGACUCUUCCCAGGAGCACCCGUCACCCGUCGGGGGGCUCCUCGCCUCCGCCCCGCAACCUGCCGAGUGACUACAAGUACGCGCAGGACCGAGCCAGCCACCUGAAGAUGUCGAGCGAGGAGCGCCGGGCACACCGCGAUGGCACCGUGUGGCAGCUCUACGAGUGGCAGCAGCGCCAGCAGUUCCGGCACGGCAGCCCCACGGCGCCCAUCUCCCCGGAGUUCCCCGAGCAGGGCCGGAGCAGGAGCAUGCUGGAAGUGCCCCGCUCUAUCUCCGUGCCUCCAUCUCCCUCGGACAUCCCUCCCCCGGGACCCCCGCGGGCCUUUCCACCCCGGCGGCCACACACACCAGCAGAGAGGGUCACAGUGAGGCCACCGGACCAGAGGAGGAGUGUGGACAUCUCGUUGGGCAGUUCUCCCAGGAAGACAUGGGGCCACACCACCAAGAACUCCUCGCACGUGGACCGACGCUCCAUGCCCUCCAUGGGUUACAUGACCCACACUGUCAGCGCUCCCAGUUUACAUGGAAAAUCGCUGGAGGAGCUCUCGCUGCUUCUCACCCGGUUACGGUGGCACCAGGCCAAGCUGGCCAGUGUGCGAGAUUUCGCCGUGGGCCAGUUACUGCAGCACCAGCUGGCCUUUCCCACCUGCCAGGCCGAUGAUACCUACCUCCAGCUGAAGAAAGACCUGGAAUACCUGGACCUAAAGAUAAAAAAUAACGAACCUUUGAUCAACGUGCUUUACAGAGUGCUGAAGAAGUCAGCACAGGGCUGGCGGCCCAGGAGACGCAUGACAGGCCGGGACCUUCUCAAGGAUCGAAGCCUGAAACCAGUGAAGAUUGCCGAGAGCGACAUUGACGUCAAACUGAGCAUCUUCUGUGAACAAGACAGGAUCCUCCAGGACUUGGAAGACAAGAUACGUGCCCUCAAGGAGAACAAAGACCAGCUGGAGUCCGUGCUGGAGGUGCUGCACAGACAGAUGGAGCAGUACCGAGACCAGCCCCAGCACCUGGACAAGAUCGCCUGUCAGCAGAGGUUGCUGCAGGAGGACCUGGUCCACAUCCGGGCGGAGCUCUCCAGAGAGUCCACUGAGAUGGAAAACGCCUGGAACGAAUACCUGAAGCUGGAGAGCGACGUGGCGCAGCUGAAGCAGACCCUGCAGGAGCAGCACCGAAGGGCCUUCUUUUUCCAGGAGAAAUCGCAGAUACAGAAGGAUCUCUGGAGGAUUGAAGACGUCACCGCAGGCCUGAGUGCGAACAAGGAGAACUUCAGAAUCCUGGUGGAGUCGGUCAAAAAUCCUGAGAGAAAAACAGUGCCUUUGUUUCCUUACCCGCCUGUGCCUUCACUCUCGACUUCUGAGAGCAAGCCGCCCCCGCAGCCCAGCCCUCCCACCAGCCCUGUGCGGACCCCUCUGGAGGUUCGGCUCUUCCCUCAGCUGCAAACCUACCUGCCCUACCGACCUCACCCGCCCCAGCUGAGGAAGGUGACGUCUCCUCUUCAGUCACCAACCAAGACAAAGCCCAAAGUUGAAGACGAGGCACCUCCCAGGCCCCCACUCCCUGAGCUCUACAGCCCGGAGGACCAGCCCCCGGCCGUGCCGCCUCUGCCCAGGGAGGCCACCGUCAUCCGGCACACUUCCGUGCGGGGCCUCAAGCGGCAGUCGGACGAGAGGAAGCGAGAUCGGGAGCAGGGGCAGUGUGUGAACGGGGACUCGAGGGUGGAGCUCCGGUCCUAUGUUAGUGAGCCCGAGCUGACGACUUUCGGUGGGGACGUGGCCCAGCCACCCCUGGGGUCCGUGGGCUCUGAGAGCAGGUACCAGACGCUGCCCAGCAGAGGGCUCUCGGGGUCCACAUCAAGGCUCCAGCAGUCGUCCACCAUUGCGCCCUACGUCACCCUCCGGAGGGGUCUGAAUGCCGAAAGCAGCAAGAUGACCUUCCCUAGACCCAAGAGUGCCUUGGAGCGUCUGUACUCAGGGGACCACCAGCGGGGCAAGAUGAGUGCGGAGGAGCAGCUGGAGCGCAUGAAGCGGCACCAGAAGGCCCUGGUCCGGGAGCGCAAGAGGACCCUGAGCCAAGGAGAGAGGACGAGCCUGCCCUCGUCUCGCUACCUCAGCCACCCGCUCCCUGGAGAUCUUGGCUCAUGGAAGCGCGAGCAGGACUUUGACCUGCAGUUGCUGGACCGCGCCGUGCAAGGGGAGAGGAAGGACGAGGAGGAGGAUGGCUGGUUGAAAGUGCAGGCCGUGCCUGUCACUGAGUUGGACCUGGAGCCGCAAGACUAUGACUUGGACAUCAACAGAGAGCUGUCCAAACCUGAGAAGGUCUCCAUCCCUGAGCGUUACGUGGAUCUGGACCCCGAGGAGCCGCCCAGCCUGGAGGAGCUGCAGGCGCGGUAUCGCAAAGCCGAGAAGAUCCGCAGCAUCCUCACCCGGUCCAGCAUGUGCAACCUGCAGCCGGCCUCAGGCCAGGACCGGAGGAACAGCGUGGCCGACCUGGACUCACAGAUACAGGAGCAGGAGCGCAUCAUAAACAUCUCCUACGCCCUGGCCUCCGAGGCCUCCCAGCGCAGCAAGCAGGUCAAAGAGAAGGCCUCUCCUGUGUCCCGUGACCCUGGCACGUGUGGGGAGCGGAGCCAAGCACGGCUGUGA